AUGUUCAUUUGUGGCAGUGGAAGCUUCAAUCAAGUAGAAGAUGACCACCCUGAAACCCCUUGUUCUACCCCAAAGAGAUCUAAAAAGGGCACAAGUUUCUUCAGAAAUAAAAGCAAAAACCCUUAUGCAGGUCGUGGUUUGGACAAAUUUUACACACUUUUAGCUGAUCUUGAUGAGAAGAGACAGAAGAUUUACGCACAAAAUGGCUCAGAAGACAUUUCUUUUGUUCGAUUUGUGUACUCGUAUUCGAAUGACGUCAAGCCUAUUGUUGUUAAGGUGAAGGAGAAAAAGCAAGAAAAAACCAACAUUUCUGAUGUCAAAAUCCAACAGAAUUUGUCACAAGUUCAAUCAGACAAGCCAACAGUCGAAACCUUAAAGGCUCCAAAUGCUGCGAGUACUGAUACCGAUCAGGUUUCUGAACCCAGGAGAAAACACAAGUGCUUGGCAUGUAGAAACUUCAAGUGGCAAAAAUUAAGGCAACCCUAUUACUAUGUUCCGAUGAUUAUCAUAUUGAUUCUAAUUCUGCUUCUUCUUUACGGACGAUCUUUUGCAAUAUUGUGCACCUCGAUUGGGUGGUAUUUGAUACCUACAACUAAAGGAGAGAGUUCAAGUUCAAGGAAGCCAAAGAGGAAGAAAGCAUAUGUUAGAAAAUUGAGUGAAAAAAAGAUUGUGAACAAUGAAGGAUUGUCAUCUCCAAGAAGUGUCAUCAAUGGACCAACAGAUCAUCAUAAAUCUCCUAGACAACAUGGGCAUAGAAGAAACUGGUGA